CCAAACACAGACUCUCAGUGAGCUCACUGUUUCUCUGUUACUGCUACUCUGUUACACGACACACUGACAUACUGACAUACAGCAGACGGCAGCUGCACACAGGAACUUCAGCAAGAAACUCAAAGUUGACGGAUUUAUUUAACAACGGUUUCAUUUCCUCUUCGCGCUGUCUUUUGACAGUAUCUUCAUUGGGAGCGUUUGUCGAUACUGACACUAGGGCUGCUUAGAAGGCGUUGUUAUUCCAUUGGAAUACAUUUGCAGGAUGGCAGAAACUGACGCAAGUCCUUUUGCGAACUGUUUGGAGAAACUCAAGAACUAUGUGCGGACUCGCAAAGGAACGAUCCUGGCCGCUGAAAUACUCAUCAGCUUCAUCAUCAUUAUCUGUUACGCUGCAUCAAUGUAUGGAGGAUAUUCAGCAGUUGCCAUCUGUGAAAUGGUCUUUGCCAUCAUCUUCUUCGUUAUCUUCAUGAUGGAGCUGGACAAACAGUUCCUGGUCGUGAACUGGCCCUGGAGUGAUAUGUUCCGCGCUGGGAUUGGUGCACUCCUGUAUCUUAUUACCUCUCUGAUCUGUGUGAUUGGCGGUUCAGGUGAUGGGGCUCGAAUCGCUGGUGGUGUGUUUGGUCUGCUGGCUGGGAUCUUGUUUGGGUAUGAUGCCUAUACAAUCUUCAUGGGCAUCAAGAGCAACAGACAGAAUACAGCUGCUGCUGCAGAUGGCACAGCUUGAAAACUACUUCCCUCACUACAACAUUAACAGCAACCAAAACAUGGAGAAACAUUAAAAAAAUGGCUAAAUGGGAGAAUCCCAGAGUGUUCGCAAAGAUACCAUAUGACUCAACAAUAACAGCUGAAGACCCGAGGAGUGCAAAAGGAUGAAAAUAUUACAUGAAAAAGACUGAAGUUUAUGUAAAAAAGGGGUUGAGUGAUCAAGAAGUACUGUAAGAUUAAUGCAAAGCAGGUAAAGAAGCCUUCAUGACAUAUUUGAAGGAACAGAAAGGAACAGAAAGUUGUUGGCAUCCAAAGAUUUAUUACAAUUGUCUUGGUCAGAGGGCUUUAGUCACCACACAUUUUUGUCACCUUUUUGGUUACAAAAAACUACAACAUAUUGUAAGAUGUAGUGCUAAUUGAUUCCCAUUCAGGAGAACUUUCAGCCAUAGUUUGUAACUGUAACUAAUUUAUAAUAACUAUUGGUUAUGUUGUGUUUUGUGCCUACAAUAUACAUUUGUUUUGAAAAAAAUGUUUUUAAGGAGGAUUGGGUUCAGUUCCAGUUCAAUUUAGCCAGUUUAUAGAUAUAGUAUAUUCAACUCAGGUUCUGACCAGACUAUAACUUGAAAAUUUGAUUUAAGAUUAUUUAAAUUGAAAAGGAACUGAUCUCAAACAUACAAGCGAGUUCACACAUCUAUCUGUUAGUACAAUAUGUUCAUUUUUCAUCUUUCUUCCGUUUUGCCAUGUAACCUGUUACCUCAAAGGUUGCUCACUUUCUUUAUGUCAUAAGUGUUCUUUUUUAUUAUAAUAAUAAACUGAGUCAUAUAUUGGAUAUGUCUUUGUCUUUUGG